CCGCGCAGACUAUCCCCAGCCCUCCCCUUCUCCUGCCUGUGCCCUGACACCCCGGAUGUGCGGGAGGGAACAUCCCGAGGAGGUCCCAGGUAGCAGCAAGGCGUCCCCCCACCCACCCAACCUGGCGACCAUGGUGACUCAAUGUCUUCUCAGGCUCCUGGGCACAGUGCAGGGACCAGCGUGCUGAGGACCCCUCCGGAGCCCGCUGCUGCCACCCUCCCUCCCUCUGCUCCCGCCCCAGCCCCUCUGGAUGAGCCUGCCACCCCCGGGAAUAUGACUCGCCCUUCGAUUUAAUUUUAUUCCCUUCUGCAUCUCUCUUGGGCAUCCUGCUCCUCCUCUUAACCACGUUGAGCCUCCCCAGCCAGAGAGGACGAGAGCAGGGGAGACAGGACUCAGACAGGAUGGCUUGCCGAAGACGCUAUUUGAGCUCCCUGGAGACCGGAAGCAGCCUCUCCACUGACCGCUACAGUGUGGAGGGUGAGGCACCCAGCAGCGAGACCACCACAUCCCUGGACAGUCCAUCGGCCUACCACCAGGGCCCCUUGGUGUCUGCCUCCAGCCUGAGCCCAGACCACUACGAGCACGCAUCCGUGGGUGCCUAUGGGCUGUACUCGGGGCCGCCGGGGCAACAGCGCGCGCGGAGGCCCAAGCUACAGCACUCGACCUCCAUCCUGCGCAAGCAGGCCGAGGAGGACGCCAUCAAGCGCUCACGCUCACUCUCCGAGAGCUAUGAGCUCUCCUCGGACCUGCAGGAUAAGCAGGUGGAGAUGCUAGAACGCAAGUAUGGGGGGCGCCUCGUGACCCGCCAUGCGGCCCGCACCAUCCAGACAGCCUUCCGCCAGUACCAGAUGAACAAGAACUUCGAGCGCCUGCGCAGCUCCAUGUCGGAGAACCGCAUGUCGCGCCGGAUUGUGCUGUCCAACAUGAGGAUGCAGUUCUCCUUCGAGGGGCCCGAGAAGGUGCACAGCUCCUACUUUGAGGGCAAGCAGGUCUCGGUGACCAAUGACGGCUCCCAGCUGGGCAGCCUGGUGCCCCCUGAAUGCGGGGACGUGGGCGAGCCGGUCACCCUCAAGUCCCCGGCCGCCUCCAGCGACUUUGCGGACGCCAUCACAGAGCUGGAGGACGCCUUCUCCCGGCAGGUGAAGUCACUGGCCGAGUCCAUUGACGAUGCCCUCAACUGCCGCAGCCUGCACGCAGAGGAGGCGCCAGCCCCAGACACCGCACGGGCCCGGGACACCGAGCCCAAGGCAGCACUGCACAGCAUGGACCACCGCAAACUGGAUGAGAUGACAGCCUCCUACAGCGACGUCACCCUGUACAUCGAUGAGGAGGAGCUCUCGCCACCUCUGCCCCUCUCGCAGGGCGGGGACCUGCCUUCCAGCACCGAGUCGGACCUGCGGCUGCGGGCCGGGGGUGCCGCUCAGGACUACUGGGCCCUGGCCCACAAGGACGACAAAGCCGACACGGACACCAGCUGCCACAGCACGCCCUCACUGGAACGGCCCGAGCCACGGCUGCGGGCCGAUCACCUCCCGCUGCUCACCAUUGAGCCACCCAGCGACAGCUCAGCUGACCUCAGUGACCGCUCCGACCGCAGUUCGCUCAAGAGGCAGAGCGCCUACGAGCGCAGCUUGGCUGGUGGGCAGCAGGGCAGCCCUAAGCACGGCCCUCACAGCGGCCCCCCCAAGGUCCUCCCCCGGGACGAGCCUGAGCUGCGGCCCCGGCCCCCCAGGUCCCUCGAGAGCCACCUGGCCAUCAACGGCUCGGCCAACCGGCAGAGCAAGUCAGAGUCGGACUACUCGGACGGGGACAACGACAGCAUCAAUAGCACGUCCAACUCCAAUGACACCAUCAACUGCAGCUCCGAGUCCUCCUCGCGGGACAGCCUGCGGGAGCAGACACUCAGCAAGCAGACCUACCACAAGGAGACCCGCAACAGCUGGGACUCGCCGGCCUUCAGCAACGACGUCAUCCGCAAGCGGCACUACCGCAUCGGCCUCAACCUCUUCAACAAGAAGCCUGAGAAGGGUGUGCAGUAUCUUAUUGAGCGCGGCUUUGUGCCUGACACGCCGGUGGGUGUGGCCCACUUCCUGCUGCAGCGCAAGGGCCUGAGCCGCCAGAUGAUCGGCGAGUUCCUGGGCAACCGGCAGAAGCAGUUCAACCGCGAUGUGCUCGACUGCGUGGUGGAUGAGAUGGACUUCUCUGCCAUGGAGCUGGAUGAGGCCCUCAGGAAGUUCCAGGCGCACAUCCGGGUCCAGGGUGAGGCCCAGAAGGUGGAGCGGCUCAUAGAGGCAUUCAGCCAGCGGUACUGCAUCUGCAACCCUGGAGUGGUGCGACAGUUCCGGAACCCAGACACCAUCUUCAUCCUGGCCUUUGCCAUCAUCCUGCUCAACACGGACAUGUACAGCCCCAAUGUCAAGCCCGAGCGGAAGAUGAAGCUGGAGGACUUCGUCAAGAACCUCCGAGGCGUGGACGAUGGCGAGGACAUUCCCCGGGAGAUGCUGAUUGGGAUCUACGAGCGAAUCCGGAAGCGGGAGCUGAAGACGAAUGAGGACCACGUGUCCCAGGUGCAGAAGGUGGAGAAGCUGAUCGUGGGGAAGAAGCCGAUCGGAUCGCUGCAUCACGGGCUUGGCUGUGUGCUGUCCCUGCCCCAUCGGCGGCUGGUCUGCUACUGCCGGCUCUUCGAGGUUCCGGAUCCCAACAAGCCCCAGAAACUGGGGCUGCAUCAGCGCGAAAUCUUCCUGUUUAACGACCUGCUGGUGGUUACCAAGAUCUUCCAAAAGAAGAAGAACUCAGUGACUUACAGCUUCCGGCAGUCCUUCUCCCUGUACGGCCUUCAGGUCUUGCUCUUCGAGAACCAGUAUUACCCCAAUGGCAUCCGGCUCACAUCCUCUGUGCCUGGGGCAGACACCAAAGUGUUAAUCACCUUCAACGCCCCCAACCCUCAAGACCGGAAGAAGUUCACCGAUGACCUGCGGGAGUCCGUGGCAGAAGUGCAGGAGAUGGAGAAGCACCGGAUAGAGUCGGAGCUCGAGAAGCAGAAGGGCGUCGUGCGGCCCAGCAUGUCCCAGUGCUCCAGCCUCAAGAAGGAGCCCGGCAAUGGGACCCUGAGCCGGGCCUGCCUGGACGACAGCUACGCGGGCGGCGAGGGCCUCAAGCGCAGCGCGCUCAGCAGCUCCCUGCGCGACCUCUCAGAAGCGGGGAAGCGAGGGCGUCGCAGCAGUGCGGGAUCGCUAGAGAGCAAUGUGGAAGGCUCCAUCAUUAGCAGUCCUCACAUGCGCCGAAGAGCUACAUCAACACGAGAGUGUCCAUCUCGCCCACACCAGACCAUGCCCAACUCCUCCUCCCUCCUGGGCUCCUUGUUCGGGAGCAGGCGAGGGAAGCCCCCUCCCCAGGCCCACCCGCCCUCCGGCCCCGCCCCUCCGCUCCCCCACCCGCAGCACCACCCAGGGCCCGUGGAGGGUCCAGCGCAUGCCCAUCACGCCCAGUACUGCCACUUGCAGCAGAACCCGCCCCCCUACCACCACCACCACCACUACCACC